UCCAGCAGUUACACACGUCCUAGUCAGAGCAGGUUUGAAGUGGUCACAACAGUCAAGAGAGCGAAGUUCAGUCAGUGUUGACGCGACAGACAACAACUAUUGCAAAGCGAGCGCUCCAGCUUCAACCAGCCGUCCAUCAAAAUGAACACCGAGCCUGUGGUCGUGGUCUCUGCCGCGCGCACACCAAUAGGAUCCUUGAACGGUGCUCUGUCCACAGUGCCUCUGCCUGACCUCUGUUCAGUGGUGAUCAAGGAUGUCCUGAAGCGGGCCGGGGUGAAGCCAGAGGAGGUCUCCGAGGUUAUCAUGGGACACGUCCUAACAGCAGGUCAGGGGCAGAACCCGGCGCGUCUGGCCAGCGUUGGGGCAGGCAUCCCCUACCCGGUCCCGGCUUGGAGCUGCCAGAUGGUGUGCGGCUCUGGGCUGAAGGCUGUGUGUCUGGGAGCUCAGUCCAUCCAGACGGGAGAGUCUACUGUGGUGGUGGCGGGGGGCAUGGAGAGUAUGAGCAGGGCUCCUCACGUGCUGCAAAUGAGAACAGGAGUAAAGAUGGGCGACGCCUCCCUGCAAGACUCCAUGGUGGCAGACGGCCUGACGGACGCCUUCCACGGCUACCACAUGGGCAUCACAGCUGAGAACGUGGCGAAGCAGUGGGAAGUCAGCCGGGAGGAGCAGGACCUGUUCGCCGUCCAGUCGCAGAACAAAACGGAGGCGGCACAGAAAGCAGGACAUUUCGAUCAAGAGAUUGUCCCCGUCAUGGUGUCCUCCAGAAAAGGUCCCGUGGAGGUGAAGGUGGAUGAGUUUCCUCGCCACGGCAGCAACAUGGACGGCAUGUCCAAACUCAGACCCUGCUUCAUCAAGCACAGCAGCGGCACCGUCACCCCCGGGAACUCCUCAGGUGUCAAUGAUGGAGCAGCAGCCACCGUCCUGAUGAGCCAAUCAGAGGCUGCGAAACGUGGCCUAAAACCCAUGGCCAGAAUCGUAUGUUGGGCUCAAGCUGGCCUUGACCCGUCUAUCAUGGGAACUGGACCAAUACCAGCCAUCAGGAAGGCGGUUGAAAAGGCAGGCUGGCAGCUGGACCAAGUUGACUUAUUUGAGAUCAACGAAGCAUUUUCUUCCCCGUCGAUUGUUGUGGCUAAGGAGCUUGGCCUGAAUUUAGACAAGGUGAACGUGAGCGGUGGCGCCAUCUCUCUUGGCCAUCCCAUCGGCAUGUCUGGCUGCAGAGUGCUGGUGACCUUGUUGCACGCUCUUCAGAGGACUGGAGGCCAUAGGGGCGUGGCCUCUCUCUGCAUCGGAGGAGGGAUGGGUAUCGCCAUGUGCGUGGAGACGGUCUGAGAGGAAAACCUAAUGCUGCUUCAUUGAUUGCAUUCGAUCUCAUCUUUAUGUAUAAGGGAUACUUAAUCGUUUACACUGCGGGACACGAUAUAAAGUGGCUUACCUGGGUACUUCAAUUACUGGGUAAACGUGAUAAGAGUUGUAAUUUCGUCUUAUUUAACAAUAGCUUGCCAUUCUCACUGAACUUAAAUGAACCCUUCCUCAGGUUAUAGUUGUGUAGCAUGCGAUUUAAAAUGUCUAAAUACCGUAAAUCUAGUGAAUACCAACUGCUUUAACAUGUUCUGCAGCAACUGUGACUAAGUGGAGAGCAAGGCCGUCCUUCAAUCAGCGGAUCGGUGGUUCGAUCCCUGGCUCUGCUAGUCGCAUGUCGAUGUGUCCAUGAGCAAG